CCUUGGGCGGGUCUUGACGCAUGCGCGGUGGUUCGGAAUGCUUGGACCUAUUGCCCCGCCUCAGUGAAAAGGGCUGGUCUGCGCCCUCAUCCGGCCCGCGUGUCCCGGACCUCACCUCAGCAAUGCCGCGCUAUUGCGCAGCGAUUUGCUGUAAGAAUCGCCGGGGACGGAACAAUAAAGACCGGAAGCUGAGUUUCUAUCCAUUUCCUCUGCAUGACAAAGAAAGACUUGAAAAAUGGUUAAAGAAUAUGAAACGAGAUUCAUGGAUUCCCAGUAAAUACCAGUUCCUGUGUAGUGACCAUUUUACACCUGACUCUCUUGACAUCAGAUGGGGUAUUCGAUAUUUAAAACAAACUGCAAUUCCAACAAUAUUUUCUUUGCCUGAAGACAAUCAGGAAAAAGAUCCUUACAAAAAAAAAUCUCAGAAGAAAAAAAUGGAAGAUGAGAAGGAAGUAUGCCUAAAAGCCAAGUCAAAAGAAUCAUUUGCAUCAGACGAGGCAAAAAGAAAUACACUUAGUGCAGAUGUGCUGCUCCCUGAACAUGGAGAAUUACUUGAUUCAUCCACUUUAGUAAAGUCACCAGUGUACAAAACAGGAAUUAUACAAAAUAUGUUAGCUCUUAAUGUGAUUAAACAAGGCACUGAAAAGCCACAGUCAACCUUGGAAGCAUCAGUUAACCAAGACACAAGUAGAGGUAACUUUCACACAUCUUUUGAGAAUCUAAAUUCUACAAUGAUUUCUUUGACAACUUCAAACUCAGAAGGCAUUGAGCAGUCUUUGGAAACCCAAGAAGUGCUUGAAAUAACUACCAGUCAUCUUGCUAAUCCAAACUUUACAAAUAAUUCCAUGGAAAUUAAGUCAGCACAGGAAAAUCCAUUCUUAUUCAACACAAUUAAUCAAACUGUUGAAGAAUUAAACACAAGUAAAGAAUCUGUUAUUGCCAUUUUUGUGCCCACAGAAAGCUCUAAACCUGUAGUUAAUUCUUUUAUACCUACACAGAAAGAAACCAUGGAAAUGGAAGAUACAGACAUUGAAGAAUCCUUAUAUAAGGAUGUAGACUAUGGGACAGAAGUUUUACAAAUUGAACAUUCUUACUGUAGACAAGACGUGAAUAAGGAACAUCUUUGGCAGAAGGUCUCUAAGCUACAUUCAAAGAUAACUCUUCUUGAGCUACAAGAGCAACAAACACUAGGGAGAUUGAAGUCUUUGGAAGCUCUUAUUAGGCAGCUAAAACAGGAAAACUGGCUAUCUGAAGAAAAUGUCAAGAUUAUAGAAAACCAUUUCACAACAUAUGAAGUCACUAUGAUAUAAAGCGAUAUUAAUACUAAGGCUUUUAUGUAAGCUCUUUCUAGCCAAACUAAAUUACAUUUAAGUGAACUUUUAUUUUUUUAUUUUUUUUUCACUGAGAAAAAGCAGUUUAAUAACACACACACAUAUUCAUAGGACUUUAUAAGUGAACUUUUUCCUGUUUAAAAGUUUCAUCUUAAUGAAGCUAUGAAAGUGCUCUCAUAUGAACUAUAUCCUGUUCUCAUAAUCAUUUUUGAGAAAAACUGGAGAAUUGUUGGGCUGGAGAAAGUUUUAUUAUGUGAUAAUUUUCCAAAUUAAAGUUAAAAUACAGUGAAUAAAUAAUAGUCACAGAAAAAGGGAACAAUGAUAUGACUAAAAUAUCCCAGAGUAGAAGUCAAGUUCAGAAAUCAUCUUGGUUCUACCACUGACGUAUUACUUGGGCAUAUUAUCAAAAUUAAGCUUCAAGUUCUAAACUGUAAAAUAAGGACACUUACUAGAUCUCUAAUAGUCUAUUUCUUUAUUGUUUCUUUCCUUUUUAUUGAGAUAUUAUAAUGGGUUUUAUAUAUAUUCAAUAGUUGAAGUUAGCUGGAAUUUGGCAUACUUAACUAUUGAAUUAUCUUCAAUAUUUAUUGAAUUCUGUAUUAUUUGGCUAUAGUGACAUCUGAAAUAGGAAGGAAAAUACACCUUUUAUAAUUUGCAUUUGAACUAAAAUAAGGAACCACCCAUUUGCACAGUUCUUAGGAAAAGGUACUUUAAACUUGAAAGUAUAUGUAUUUCAGUACUCUGUGUGUGGCUAACCAUCAUAAUACGUAGCCAUUUAAGCUUCUUAACAUUCUAUAUUUAUAAAGUUA